AUGAGCUCAGACUCUGAAGCCGCUGGACGCCUCAUCGACAAAGGCAAAGGGCGAGCACGUUCUCCGGACCCCACAGAACGCACGCCGCUUCUUGGGUCCACAAGCGGGUCAUAUACAUCCAGCGUCGAUCCCGGCAGGCCGCCGCUCACUCGCCGCCUUUACUCGAGACUACUCACUGUUUUCCUUGCUUCGCUCUCGCUAUGUGUUCUCGCGUUGCUGCUUCUGAUAGUCAUAAUAUUCUCGUAUCGGGCACGCGCGGUGAGUGCCUCGCCAGACGAGAUUCUACAACAUGCGCUUGUUGUGCGUGGGCCGGACCGCGUAGACGUCUUGAACACGACCGGAGACGGGGGAAUAUGGAUGAUGAUCCACGGGAGGGUAGGAUUUGAUGCUGGGCAUGUUGCGGGGGUAAAUACGGCGGAGGAAGAUGGCUUUAUCGAGGACGCGUGGAAAGCCAUUGGCCGCUGGGGGAUCCGGCGGCUGGACAAGGUCUCCGUCAACUUGUCUACCAUUACAGUCGUACCGGAAGGUGACUCUGGCCAUGCCCUCACGACCAUAUCCCUGCCACAGCUAGAGUUGUCUCUCACCGCGAACCCACCGUCAGACAGUAGUUGGCUGACGCCGGUCGCGAUACCGGUCCUCAUCCGCCCCACGAAGGAUGCGAAGACACUCAUGCGAUUCGUGCACCAGAGCUGGAAGGACGGGACCAUACGGGUGCAGGCAUCCGUUGACCAAGCAAUAGUCACCGGCGGUGGCUUGACCGACGCUGGCAGCUGGCGACGGCGCAUACGGGUCUCCCACCACGACAUACAGACGGCAGUGCACAUAUCCAUCCCUCGGUUGCCAGGCUUGCCUCACCCAGGAGACGAUUUACCGGAAGCCUCCCAGUUCGUCAAACUAGAUUCGUUCCUCAUCAAGUCCUCCAACGACACGCUUACGAUCUCUGCCAAUGCAACACUCAUGAACCCCCUUGAAUCCUUUAUCAACGCAACCGUGCCCUCUCUCCCCUUCAUUGUCUAUCUCCCUCCCAACGGCACUUCGCCGCCCGUACCUCUGGCCCAUGUGCAGUCUCCGCCCUUCGCCUUCUCUUACGGAAACAUCAGCCUAGCCCUCGCAGGAGUAGUCCUUCCUCUGCCCCGUAACGCGUCGGGUUUGCUAUCCGAAUUCCUGGGCGCGUAUGUCUCCGCACACGACGCGGACAUCCUGCUCGAGACAACGCUGCUACCCGACGUGCGCGUCGCCACCAAGUUCCCCGCACCACACCCGCCACCGCAGAUCCUGCGUGACGUCAAGAUCAAGGACAUGAAGGUCAAGCCCGUCGGCCAAGGCAUGGUCGCCAGCGGGAUCGUCCACGCCCGCGUCGUGCUCCCGCCCGGCAUCGAAGUCGGCGUUGACGUCGUGAGGGUGUUCCCAGAUUUGCUUGUGUACGACGGCGAGGUGCCUGAGAGCACAGCGCACGAGCGACUUGAACCAGAGUUCAAGGUGUUCAACUUCCCGCUUGACGACAGCGACCGAGACGUUCCGCCGCAACCGCCGCUCCCUGACCCGCUGCCCGAGCGCGCAUUCGCCCAUAUCCGGCCGGACGACUGGCUGCCUGCGCUGAGCGUGCAAGGCGAGCAAGGGCCGGGUGAAGGUACGGUCGUGAACGUAACUGCGAGCAUUGUGGAGGUGCCACUGGAGGUGCUGCCGGGACGGGAGCGCGAGUUCAGCAACUUUGUGUCGAAGGUUGUGUUCGGGACGCAGGGCGCGUUGGCUGGCUUGCAGGGCGAGGCUGCUGUUGCUGUCCACGUAGACGGUCUGCCGUUUGAGAACGGGCGCGACGGCGAAAUGCAGCUGACGGGGCUGCCCUUCAAGGGCAAUGUGCGGAUCGGCAAGCGGAGCAUGCUCGACGGCUCUCUCAUGGACUAA